AAGAAGAGGGAGCUCUCAGUAAGCUUCUGUUGUGGUUUUAUUAGCAUUUUCAUGCCUUUCCAAAUUGGCUACAAAAAUUAAAAUGUCUUUCUUGUUUUUUAAAAGCUGGAUUAGUUUUUGUAGUGAAAGACAUGUCUUUAAAACAGCCAUCUCCUCAGUCCCCACAUCCGAGAGGAAGGGCAAGGCUCCUCUUUGCAGCACUGUUCUAGAUGAUUCCAAUUUAACACACAUUUCCAGGCUUCUCUGCAAAACUUAACUUUCUAAAUAAAGAGCAUUUUCUAAAAUAUUAUAUAAUUUUCUUUCUUAAAUUAUUACGUGUGCUUUUCCCUUUAUUCUAGCCACAUAAGAGCAGUGUUUUUUGUAGGCACAGGUGAAGGCUGUUGAACUAUAUGCAAAAAAUGAAUAAAAACCACGAAACUACAUGCUUGUGUCUGCCUAUUAUACCUUUUCUAUUUUGUCCUUCCAGCUGCUGGUAAGUCUGCCUCAAAAACCUUCAUUUCCCUUCCAUUCUAACUGAUUACUUCUGACCUAAAAAGCCAGCUACUAGAUUUGUUAGAAAUACGCAGGGAAUUAAUCCCAGUCAAAAGGAGCUCCCUGGCGUGUAGCCUUUCCUGGGAGAGUGGUGGUCAGGAAGCGCAGUAGCGCCUGAGCCUGAGCGAAACCCUUUGGCUCUAAUUCUACUCUGAGGAGUCAGCUCUGAUGGGCGCUCACUCGCUUCUUCUCUGUGCCUCUCUCCGUGUGUGUUGCUCCCUCCCUCUCCCUCACACACACACACGCUCUGUGGUGAAGUGGUGUGCGCACGUUCACGUGUGCGUGCACCCUGUGCCUGAGAAGGCGGUGCACGUGCAGAAGCGGCGCCUCGGGGUCUGCAGAACCAGGGGUGGAGAACCUGUGCUAAAGACCAUGGUCUCUGCGCUCAGUCUGUCCUGCAGUGGCUUUGUAAGCAGGUCUGAGAGUGACGUGAUGACAGCAAGGAGGGCAUGCCUCAAUGCUCUUAGUGACUCAGGGUCCCAGGGGCUUAAAGUCUGGCUUCCAGUGUGCGCUCUUAGUGGACCGUUGGUCAUAACGGCGACCGAAGGGCCUGUUCCUUGGACCCUCGCUGUCAGGCACUGACUAUUCGGAUGGCAGUGCUGCAGUCCCGGGCUGUGGUCCUGGAGGGGCGGCAGAUGGGGCCGCCCUUGGGAGCAGCCAGAGUGCCGGGCUUGUCUCAUCAGUCCCCCUGGAGGUACCUGUGCAUGUGUGGAGCCUGUCCUUACUCAGCAAAGCUAGAAACUGUUGGAGGAUUCACGUCUGUGAAAACCACAUAGCAGUCGGUGUUAUUCUGAUUCAAAGCAGAGGGAACCUGUUUGCAUCUUAACUACAUAGCAUCAGAACAUACAUUAUUUUGCAUAGUCUUGUUAAUGACUGUGUGUUAGAAUUUGUGGAUUAUAUUCUUUAAAAUUGUGAUGAAGCUAAAUGUAACCAUAACAUUUAGUUUGGAUUUUUCGAAGUUCUGAACAGGGCCCCAUUUCACAUAUUUUUAGUGAGUUGUAACCUUUAAAUGCUGAUUACCAGAUUGGUCUCAUUUGAAUCUUAUUUUUACAUUCAGAAUGUGUCUUAUGUUUCAGUGCAGCUAAACCUGCUGGUAUCAUUUUAGUCUAAUUAACAGUAUUUUGUGAUCUGGGACUCCUGUCAAAGUUCAUUAUAGGAGCUAGAAAACACUGGAAGGUAAAAUGAACACAUGACCUCAUCUCCUGUUUUGCACUAGACUCUAACUUGCAUUCGAAGAGACUAAAAAUGGAACAAGAAAAAUUUCAUUCUUUUAUUACAUUAAGCUCUAAUAAAUGUGUUUAAUAUGACUUCUCUAUGUGUAAUCCCUUUUAGCUGGUAAAAUGGAGGGUUUUGUUUGAAGCACUAGAAACUAAAUGCUGCCAGGAGAAAGAUUUUACUAGAAACAUAGAGUAGAUAUCAGUCUCUAAGCUUUGUUAAUUGAUCCUGCUUGUUUAACUGGGAAAAUAAAAAUGCACGUCUGCUGAAGAGAACUCUGUGGACAUAAACUCUUCCUGUUUUAAAAUAUGUUUCAUAGGUGUUUAUCUUAUUUAAAUGUGCAGUCAUAUAGUAGCCAAGAGAAUGCAACUGCUGUUCCUUUAACGUCAGAACGAUGCACGCUACAAUAGGUGUCACUGUUUGGCUUGGUCCAAUCAUGGUUGGUGACUUCAGCUAUUGGCUCUGAGCACUGGCUGUCUGACUCCAUCUGCAGGGCUGUAAUACCCACUCUCCUCCGGUCCAUUCACCACACAACUUCAGCCGGCUGAACAGACUCACGCAGCUCCAGCACAUCUUGAUAACCUAAUUCAGAAAACAAGCACCACGGCUCUCUCUGCCUGUCGUCUCCUCUCAGUGUAGCGUUUUCAGGCGAUCUAGGAAACUGGGUUAUUUUUAUGAGCAAAUAAGAGAAACAGGAAUCAUGAUGGGGAUGUACUUAACAGACCCAGUACUGGAUAAAACUUAAAACCAGUGUCUCAUUCAACAUAGUAAAAAGGUCACCUUGCCUGCCUGAGAAAAGAAGCAAAAUAUCAGCUUGUUGGUUUCAGUUCUCAUCUCAGCUCGUGCUAGCCUCUUUUCCCUGAUGCUCGCACCGACUUGGGAUAUCUGGCUAUAAAGAGAGACCUACUGUACUCAUGGUAGAUGACAAGGAAAGGAACAUGAAAUGUCUCACCUUCUUCUUGAUGCUUCCAGAGACGGUAAAGAACAGGUCCAAGAAAAGCUCGAAGAAAACAAAUCCCAGCAGCAGCAGCAGCAGCAGCAGCAGCAGCAGCAGCAAGUUGCCUCCGGUUUGUUAUGAAAUAAUUACCUUGAAGACUAAAAAGAAGAAGAAGAUGGCUGCUGAUAUAUUCCCCCGCAAAAAGCCAGCCAGCUCCAGCGGCACCACUGUCCAGCAGUACCACCAGCAGAAUCUCAGUAACAACAACCUUAUUCCUGCCCCGAAUUGGCAGGGGCUCUAUCCCACCAUUAGGGAGAGAAAUGCGGUGAUGUUCAAUAAUGAUCUGAUGGCAGACGUACACUUUGUGGUUGGGCCACCAGGCGGGACGCAGCGGUUGCCAGGACACAAAUACGUCUUAGCUGUUGGGAGCUCUGUGUUCCAUGCAAUGUUUUACGGAGAACUUGCCGAGGACAAAGAUGAGAUCCGUAUACCAGAUGUCGACCCUGCGGCUUUCCUCGCCAUGCUGAAAUACAUCUAUUGUGAUGAAAUUGACUUGGCUGCUGACACGGUCUUGGCCACUCUUUAUGCUGCCAAAAAGUACAUCGUCCCUCACCUCGCCAGGGCCUGCGUCAAUUUCCUGGAGACCAGCCUGAGCGCCAAGAACGCUUGUGUGCUCCUGUCCCAGAGCUGCUUGUUCGAGGAGCCGGACCUCACCCAGCGCUGCUGGGAGGUGAUUGACGCUCAGGCCGAGCUGGCGCUCAAGUCCGAGGGGUUCUGCGACAUCGACUUCCAGACCCUGGAAAGCAUCCUCCGCAGGGAAACUCUGAAUGCCAAAGAAAUUGUGGUCUUCGAGGCUGCCCUCAACUGGGCUGAGGUGGAAUGCCAGCGACAGGAUCUGGCUUUGAGCAUUGAGAACAAGCGCAAGGUGCUGGGCAAGGCGCUAUACUUGAUCCGCAUCCCGACCAUGGCCCUGGACGAUUUCGCCAACGGUGCUGCGCAGUCCGGCGUCUUGACUCUGAACGAGACCAACGACAUCUUCCUGUGGUACACGGCGGCCAAGAAGCCCGAGCUGCAGUUCGUGAGCAAGGCCCGCAAGGGGCUGGUGCCGCAGCGCUGCCACCGCUUCCAGUCCUGCGCCUACCGGAGCAACCAGUGGCGCUACCGGGGCCGCUGCGACAGCAUCCAGUUCGCCGUGGACAAGCGGGUCUUCAUCGCGGGCUUCGGGCUGUACGGCUCCAGCUGCGGCUCGGCCGAGUACAGCGCCAAGAUCGAGCUCAAGCGGCAGGGCGCGGUCCUGGGGCAGAGCCUCAGCAAGUACUUCUCGGACGGUUCCAGCAGCACGUUCCCCGUGUGGUUCGAGCACCCGGUGCAGGUCGAGCCGGACACCUUCUACACGGCCAGCGUCAUCCUGGACGGCAGCGAGCUCAGCUACUUCGGGCAGGAGGGCAUGACGGAGGUGCAGUGUGGCAAGGUCACCGUGCAGUUCCAGUGCUCGUCCGACAGCACCAACGGCACGGGCGUGCAGGGCGGCCAGAUCCCCGAGCUCAUCUUCUACGCCUGAGCGCGCCGGCUCCCGCGUCCCGCUCUGCUCGGCCGCAGUCAGCGGGCGGCGGGCUGUUCGCGAGGGUCGGAGCUCUGCGGUUCUGCUUUCUUUCGACCUUUUUCGUUAUGUACAGGCGAAAAUGCAGCACUCGGCUUUUAACUGUAUGCCGGAAAGCCAAAUUCUUAGCAAGGCUUGUGGUUCUUAGAGUUGCAUCUAUCCACCCGGGGAGAUUUUGCAUUCUUCUCCAACUGCCCCACUGACCUCCCAGUUUAAGAACAUUUUUGGAUCACCUCAGAUUUCCUUUUGGGCUUUAUUUUGACAAAGAGAAAGAAAUACUCUAAAAUAACAGUAGCAAUUAUUUUUAAACGGAAACCCUCCCUCUCCCCAAACAGAUAAACCUCAGUGUACAAUUUUGAAAGACAUUUUGCUUGAUAAUAAUUUAGAAAGUAGACAGUAGUCAUCUUUACCUUCUUAUUUCCUUUUACAUAUUUUGGGCAUUUGCUUUUGGACAUUGCUUCUUCUUAAAUCCUAAAUUCAUAAGUUUCUUAAAUUUUUAAACUGCAGCUGUCAACAGAAGGUAAAACAAGAAAUUGGAAGUUUUAGAUCACGACUUUUGUUACAAGCAAAUUUAUGUUCUUUUAGUUUAGAAGACAGGCAGUUACAGUACAGAGGCUUCUUUUAAAAGUAACUAAAUUGCAAAACUUUAUUGUCAACUAGAGAAAAAUUGCAGGUCUGUUAAUUGAAAUUAAAAUAGUCUUAAAAGGAAGCCUGAAAAAAGUCCCACGUGACAAAUAGUUUAAUUGAUGGCACGUUAUAAUCCAGAGUUUGAAAAAGUCAAGCUCUUUUCUCCCUCCUGAGCUUCUGAUCCCUGCCACUUGCUGGUUUUCAAAAGUUGUACUGUAUAGAACUCCUAUUCCCCCAUUCCCAUGAAAAGAGGACCAAACGAUUUCUUCAGAUGAAUGGAAUAACAGUUAGUUUUGUAGUGCCACAUGUUAAUGUAAUAAGAUACUUUAUGCAUUGAUUUUUUUUUUAAUCUGAAAUAUAUUUUACCUAAUCUACUUUGACCACACUCUCUCUUCGUUAAUUAUGAUUCUGCCCCGUUCCUGGACUGCUAGAAUCUGGCCUGUGACCAUCUGAACGAGCCAAUGUAUGCCUGCAGGGUUUAAAAAAAAUGGUCUGGAGUGAUAAACUCGAUGAUACCUUCAUGUUCACUGCCUCAGCAUCACAUCCAGUUCUCUUUUUUUUUUUUCCAUGGAUAGUGUAAACAAAGGAGGGAAAAGCUCAUCAAAACAUUCUCCUUCAGCAAAGGCUUGUGCUGGCUUAGUGCCCGUGACCCUAGUGGUGCCCACUGCGGUCGCUCCCAGUUGAAGUAUCCACGUGUUUCUGGGCAGCUUCUCUGCCCAGUGUGGUCCUGAGAUGGCUUCCCCGCCACCCAGAGUGUGGUCCCUGGCCACCUCCUUCUCCUGUUCUGUGAGCCCGAAGCUGGCUCUGGAGCGGGGGCUAGUCCCGGGGUGGGUGUGUGCGUGGGUGCCCGUGCGCAUGCACUGCGCACCGGCUCAGGAACUGUCUCCUGCCGCCCGGCCAGCAGGGCCAGGACAGAAGGGUCCCCGGGCCGGGCCCACCCGGUCCGCAGAGGACUGCCUGUGCUUCCGGGCCGCUUCUCCCCCCGUAGACGUGGGCUGCUGCUUCGGCCGGCUUCCCCGAUGGAGAAAAACACUGGAUUACAGAAGUGUUUUAAUCGUCUUUGCCCUUACCUGUGUCUGUUAGCAUGGAGGGUCAGAAGCUGUUACCAGUGAUUAACAGAUGAGUGCUCCCAGGACUACCUUCCAAAAUUGUCUAACAGUUAUUUUUUAUUAGCAAGAUGACAGAUAGUAGUUGUGGCAAACCGUCUAUGAAACGGAGGUACGUUUUCAAUUAAAAAAAAAUACUUCUACAAAGGGUUUUGUUUAUAAAUUAUGGUUAAACAUUUCGGUAACUCAUAGCUACCUUGCAUUUGGUAGACUAUAGACUUACCUGAUCGGAAGGCACUUAUGUAUAAGCCAGAGGAAAAGAAACUUUUUAGCACUAAUUUCAUCAUACUAGACUGUUGUUGGGGGGGAGUGUGAUAACCUUGUUCAUUAAGUAACACCCACGAUCAGUGCUCCUCUUAGUACCUGCCCUCCAGAGGCUGGCAAACUGCUGGGUGAGAGCCCCACUAGAGCCUGUAUACUGGGUAUGGAAGAACUUAAUUUUAUGAUAAUUGCUGUCACUUGAAAAAGGAAAAAAAAAAAACCCGUCAUCUGAUUGGCUGGUGCCAAGAGCUGUGGUAUAAAUUUGAAGGUUGUAUUUAAAAUAAGAAAAUGUUAUCUUUUGAAUCCUGUUCUCCCUUCUGCGUUUUCAAUGACAUGGAAUUAAGCAUAAUGUGCUUGCUUUAUUUUCUUUGGUAAUCUCAAAUUUUGUAGCUUUUGAAACUAGAAACCAUUGUUCUGACAAGGCAGGCAACUGUAGUGCAUAAACACGAUUUUAUGAAACACUGCCCUGUAGAUGCUUUUCCCCAUGUAUCUGGCAGUCUUUGUUGUCGUUUAUAUCCUGGGGAUAAGGGGAACUAGGCUAGCAGUUCUAAUGUAACAUUCUUUAAGCAUAUCUUAAUAUAGUAUUUAAGUAAAUGGUCUAAUUUCUACAUAAUUAUUGCACUGAGAUGUCUUUUUUUUUUUUUAAGGUGUCUAAAUAAGCUUGCUAAUUCAAGACACUAGCCAGUUGUGCAUCAGAGUGCUUGAAUUCAGGAGCUUACAGCAUUAUUUAUGAAGGAAAAAUAUAUAAAUAUGAAGUACCUCAUGUUGAAUGUUAUUGUACUGUAUUUUUAAUGUAACAGUGCAGAUCUUGUUAGACACAUGAAUGUGUAUAAUCAUGUUAAAUGCAAAUAAAAUAAAACCGGUUCAUAUA